GGAAUAUGGAUGCAGGGAUUUGCUGCUAUUUAGACACAUUAAAUGUAGUCUAUAUGUACACCCUGUUGAAAAAAAAAAAACAGCAUGUGCCACUUAGGUAUGUUUUGAAGCAUGGCAGCUGGUUUAAGCUGGUCCUGAGCAGGAACUAGUUGCUUAGGACCAGAACAUGACCAGCAUAAACCAACUCAGGACCAGCUCAAACCAGUUGCCAUGCUGCAAAACAUACCUAACAUACCUAGCAUAUGCCAUUUUUCAACAGGGCACUGUUCUUUUGCAGAACUGCCUUAAUUCUUUGUGGCAUGGAUUCAACAAGGUGCUAGAAACAUUCCUCAUAGACUUUGGUCUUUAUUGACAUGACAGCAUCACACAGUUGCUGCAGAUUUGUGGGCUGCACAUCCAUGAUGCGAAUCCAAUGUAUAUCAAUAUCUUGAUACAAGGCAGGAUGGAUCCAUGCUUUCAUGUUGUUUAUGCCAAAUUCCUACCCUAUACAAUUCGAAUGUCCCAGCAGAAAUCAGCAGACCAGGUAACUCUUUUCCAAUCUUCUGUUGUAUUUUGGUGAGCUUGUGUGAACUGUAGUCUCAGUUUCCUGUUCUCAGGUGACAGGAGUGGCUCUUCAGCUGUUGUAGCCCGUCUGUUUUGUGUCCAGAGAUUGUCUUCUGCAAACCUCGGUUGUAACAAGUAGUUAAUUUACUUAUCACUGUUGCCUUUCUAUGAGCUCAGAACCAGUCUAGCCAUUCUCCUCUGACAUCUGGCCUAUCCUAGAGAUGGCUGUGCAUUGAAAUCUCAGUAGAUCAGAUUUCUGAAAUACUCAGAACAGCCUGUCUCGCACCAGCAACCAUCCAUGUUCAAAGUCACUUAAAUCACCUUUCUUGCCCGUUCUGAUGCUUGGUCAUCUCAACCAUCAAAUCGUCUCAACCAUGUCUACAUGCCUAAAUGCACUGAGUUGCUGCCAUGUGAUUGGUUUAUUAGAUAUUUUCGUUAAUGAACUGUUGUAACUAAUCAAGUGGACAGUGAGUGUAUGUAAGUACCUGUUUGUAUAGCUGAUCUAGCCAUACUUGUUGAUAACAAUAAGAUGUCCACAUACUUUUAGCCAAUGUGCAUCACUCAUUUCAUUUUGAGUCCCUUCUGUAUAGGCAAAAACAUUAUACAGAAAUCAAAACAUGAGAGGGAAAGUCAAGCAUUAUGCUGGACAAGUGACUCUGCUCUCAUCAUGCCCAUUACAGUUAUCUGCCCUGACCUCUGUCUCAUACAGUCUGCAGCAGGUGGAUGGGAAGGGUUAUUCGCAAACACGCACACAGAGCACCAGACACAGGAGCACCCGUCUGCCGCCCCCUCUGAGGCUCAGCCCACCUACACCUCCAUCUUCUCUCUGUACGACAACAGCACCUACGCCAUCAGCACUGCCAAUCUCACCAUCUCCUCCGGCGCUAAUGGAAGUUCAGCGCUCAAUGGCAGCUCUGCUGAGCGACACAGGUGUAAAGAGGACAGUGAGUUUUUGGAGGAGGAGAAUUUGAGGGUUGGGCUGCUGUUUGCCUCCAAAGCCCUGGUGCAGCUCAUGGUCAACCCAUUUGUGGGCCCACUGACUAACAGGAUUGGAUAUCACAUACCGAUGUUUGCUGGGUUUGUUAUCAUGUUUGUCUCCACAAUAAUGUUUGCCUUCUCAGGGACAUACGCGCUGCUGUUUUUCGCCCGCUCAUUGCAGGGAAUUGGAUCAUCCUUUUCCACUGUGGCAGGUCUGGGAAUGUUAGCAAGUGUGCACACAGAUGACAAUGAGAGAGGAAUUGCCAUGGGAAUCGCAUUGGGAGGACUUGCCAUGGGAGUGCUCAUUGGAGCCCCAUUUGGCAGUGUCAUGUAUGAGUUUGUUGGUAAAAGUUCUCCCUUCCUCGUCCUUGCCUUCUUGGCUGUGUUUGAUGGAGCCCUCCAGCUCUGCAUCCUUCAGCCCUCAAAAAUCUCUCCAGGGAGCGUGGAAGGAACACCAUUACUCACCCUGCUGAAGGAUCCCUACAUACUCAUUAGUGCAGGGUCGUUGUGCUUUGCAAACAUGGGGGUGGCUAUUUUAGAGCCCACUCUUCCCAUCUGGAUGAUGCAAACAAUGUGCUCGCCAAAAUGGCAGCUUGGUAUGGCUUUCCUACCAGCCAGUGUUUCUUACCUCAUUGGGACCAAUCUGUUUGGAGUACUGGCCAAUAAAAUGGGAAGGUGGUUGUGUUCCAUGAUCGGCAUGCUUAUAGUCGGCCUCAGUCUGCUCUGUGUUCCCUUUGCCAAAGACAUCUAUGGGCUUAUUGGUCCCAAUGGAGGGUUGGGAUUUGCUAUUGGAAUGGUAGAUUCGUCUAUGAUGGCUAUAAUGGGUUACCUAGUGGAUAUUCGCCAUGUGUCUGUCUACGGAAGCGUGUACGCUAUUGCUGAUGUUGCACUCUGCAUGGGAUUUGCUGUUGGUCCAUCGACUGGAGGGGCCAUAGUAAGAGCCAUAGGCUUCCCCAAUCUCAUGGUGAUCAUCGGCAUUAUCAACAUCCUGUAUGCACCCCUUUGCUUCUUCCUCAAAAAUCCUGCUGUUCGGGAGGAGAAGAUGGCUAUUAUAAAUCAGGAGUGUCCAAUGCAUGUGAAGAGCUACUAUACACAGCGCGGGUACAGAGAAUUCCCUCUGAGUGAUGAAAGUGAGGAGGACACUGAAGAGUGAUGCACAUAUACCUAUAAGGAACUUGCCAACAAAUAAUCAGGACCUGCAGCCCUGAUUGAAAAGGUUUAGAAUGAUUAAUAUAGCAACUUUCUCUAUCCUUCUCUAAGAUCACAUUUUUGUGUACAAAUGGUUAGUGCGAAGUGAAUAUUGUUUUUGUACGCUUGUAAAGUGUUGUUUAUCCUGUCUCUUGUCACGUCAGUGGGUUUGAAUGAAAUAAACAGGCCUAAUCUGUCAA